UGGAGAAGGGGUGGUUUCCCAGGCUGGAAAGGGAAGUGACGCCUAGCAAGGGUUCCCGGAAGCGCCUUGAUCCUGUGUGCGAGACAGUGUUUUCACUUUUUUUUAUAUACCCAAGCGGAGAGGUUGCAGGAGAACGAGAAAAGAGAGGUUGCAUCGUGCCCCCAGGUCUGUUGUCUGGCCGACUGCCCCUCCUCCCUCCCCACUGCCGUGCUUCUGCCCCGUAAGCCCUGCCAUGUGGCUGUCAAAUAGCUGAGUCUCUUCCCCACCGUGGGGAGAAAGGGCUGGCUAUGCAAUGCUGCUGUGGCUGACUCCCUGAGAUGGCCAAAACGGGCACCAAUGAACUUCAGUUACCACUGGAAGAUGGAGAGCCCGCUUCACAGGUCAAAGACGAGUGGUCAAAGGAAAAGCCAGAGUCUCAGAACACUGUGAAAAUCGAGGUGGUUUGCACAGACGAUGGAGAGAGCUCUACGCACAGUGCGGCUGAGGAGCCGACCCGCAAACGCAAGAAGGGCCCUGCCCCCAAGAUGCUGGGUGAUGAAGUGUGCAGCGUGUGUGGGGACAAAGCCUCGGGGUUCCACUACAACGUCCUCAGCUGCGAGGGCUGCAAGGGCUUCUUCCGGCGCAGCGUCAUCAAGGGGGCGCAGUAUACCUGCAAGGGCAGUGGGCAGUGCCACAUGGACAUGUACAUGCGCCGGAAGUGCCAGGAGUGCCGUUUGAAGAAGUGCCGGCAGGCAGGCAUGCGAGAGGAAUGUGUUUUGUCGGAAGAGCAGAUCCGUAAGAAGAAGAUCCGCAAACAGCAGGAGGGAGAAGGGGCAUCGGGGGGCGAGGGGGGCGGAGGCGAGGUCCUCCGAGUGCCGCCUCUGCCCUGCGACCCCUCUUUGCCCCAGCCCGAACCAGCUCCCCUCACGCCCCAGCAGGAGGGCAUGAUCCGGCAGCUGGUAGCAGCGCAACAGCAGUGCAACAAGAGGAGCUUCAGUGACCAGCCCAAAGUCACGCCCUGGCCUAUGGGCAGCGACCCCAACAGCCGGGAAGCACGGCAACAGCGCUUCGCCCAUUUCACAGAGCUGGCCAUCAUCUCGGUGCAGGAGAUUGUGGACUUUGCCAAGCAGGUUCCUGGCUUCCUGCAGCUGUCGCGGGAGGACCAGAUCGCGCUGCUCAAAGCCUCCACCAUCGAGAUCAUGCUUCUGGAGACGGCAAGACGCUACAACCAUGAGACCCAGUGCAUCACCUUUCUUAAGGAUUUCACCUACAGCAAGGACGACUUUCACCGUGCAGGUCUGCAGGUAGAGUUCAUCAACCCCAUCUUCGAGUUCUCUCGGGCCAUGCGGCAGCUGCAGCUGGACGAUGCCGAAUACGCCCUCCUCAUCGCUAUCAACAUCUUCUCAGCCGACCGGCCCAACGUGCAGGACCACGGCCUGGUGGAAGCUCUACAACAGCCCUACAUCGAGGCCCUCAGCUCUUAUAUCCGCCUCCACCGCCCACAGGACCACCUGAUGUUUCCGCGCAUGUUGAUGAAACUGGUCAGCCUACGGACCUUGAGCAGCGUGCACUCUGAGCAGGUCUUCGCUUUGCGUCUUCAAGACAAGAAACUUCCGCCGCUUCUCUCUGAGAUCUGGGAUGUACACGAGUAGACAUUUGGGGGGGGGCAGAUGGGGGUACAGACGUCUCUCCUUCUCUCUCUCUCUGUCUCGUUUCUCUUUUUCUCUCUUAACGCACGUACUCCUUUUCUCUCCAAGCCCCGAGAGGGCUUGGAAUCCUUCUACAGACUCUUUUGAACCUCAGCAUUAGGACUUGUAACUGAUGGACUCAUCCCACCAGAGGAACUGCAUCAAGGGGGUUACUAAGCACUUUUUCCCCACCUCGCCCCCUCCCCAACCCCCAUCUACUUGUACUUCCUACAGAGCUUGCCUCCCCCGCUUCUGGUUUUGGGGAGGUGUCAGUCACAUUUGUGCUUUUGGGGUGCGUAGGGGAAAGAUGCAAGGGGGCUGCCCCCUCCCCACAAAGACUAAUUUCUCCUGCUCAUGAAGAAUGAACACACACACCCCCCGCCCUACGUGACAUUCUAGGUGGGCCCCACUGGGGAGGGGGUGGCCUGGUGUGGGGGGCUA